AUCAAAUAUUUUCUUUUUAUUACUUUCCCAUUCACUCUGUAAAAAUCUGCUUCUUCGACAGAGCUGAGCCCCAGAACCACUUCUGGUUUGCAGCUUCUCAAUUCAUGAAUCACCGCGUGCUGAAAUAAACUUUAAAAUUUUAUUGUGCCUCAGUUUACCUUAUACACAGAAGCAAGAGAGUCAUCAGAGCAGAUGUUUUAGAUAUUUUAACUUAUUCAUGUUUUCCUUUUGUAAACUCAAAAGAGAGAAUAAAUGUAAGAGCCCAAAGACAUAAAAAACAAUUUUAAUAUAUGGAUUUUGUUUAGAACUUGAAAAAUUGUAAAAAGAAAUCAUGAGACAAUAAGAAAAAUGUAAAUAAUGACUGGAUAUUUAAUAAUAUUAAGGAAUUUUAAAAAUGUUUUAAGUAAUUUAGCCCCAGGUGUCUUCAUGAGAAUUUAAAACGGUGGUCAUGCUUUUUCAAAAAGGGAGGAAAAAGGGUUUAAUUCAGGAACACACAGAGAAAAAAAGAGACAAUGAAUUAGCUUUGCUAGCCAGUGGCUUAAACAUUCUCCACGUAGCUGCUGGGCUGAUGGGUGGGGUGGGACCCACUUCCAGCUUGUCUCUUGGACAAAGUCUAUACUUCUCAGCCGGAUAUUCAAGGCUCUCCACAUUUAGGUAUACAAGUGUUCUCCUAUCCUCUUUUCCUAGCAGGAAUAGGUGCUUAAUAGUAACAUCAAGGCCAGGCACAGUGGCUCACACCUGCAAUCCCCGUACUUUGGGAGGAGGAGGCUGGGGGAUUGCUUGAGGCCAGGAGUUCGAGACCAGCUUAAGAAAUAUGGUGAAACCCCUUCUCUGCAAAAAAAAAAAUAUAUAUAAAAAUUAGCCAGGCGUGGUCGCCUGCGCCCGUGGUCCCAGCUAUUCAGGAGGCUGAGGUGGGAGGAUCGCUUGAGCCCGGGAGGUGGAGGUUGCAAUGAGCCGAGAUCGCGCCACUGCACCCCAGCUUGGGCGACAGAGCGACUCUUGUCUAAAUAAAUAAAUAAUUUUAAAAGUACAUCAAAGACACAUUGAGGCUAUAUGUGCCAAAGAGCUUUAGUGAUGAACCCUUGUCAGGGGGCCGUGUCUGCGGGAGGCCGAAGGAUCCCGGGUGACAUGCUUUCUUUGGGUGCGAGGCAGCGUCUCGGCAGAAAGAAUAUUGCGAGUAUUAUUGAGAGUACGUGAAGGAGAGAAGCCCCUUUGGUUCGGCCUUGGACUAAGCCCUCAUUCUCAGGUGAACUUGCAGUGUGAUCUAGAGUAAGGUCAGUCUCCUCUCUCCCUUCAGUGGCCCGAAACCUCAGGAGGUGGCAGAGGUUUUCUAAUGAUUCUCCCAGCUCUGACAUCCUCUGACUUCACUCUGGGAGAACGUGGGCUGGUGGACUCAGGGCAGAAGCCGACACACAGUUGGGCCAUAACAAAGAGCCCUGGUACGGGGCACGUUCCCGCCCCCGGGAGGUUUUGGAAACAUUGUGAGGCAGGGGGCGGAGCUUGAGCUGGCCGCAGCCAAUCACCAAAGGACCGGCCGCUGGGGGCGAGGCCUCGCGCGGGCGGCGGCGGCGGCAGCGGCUGCGGCUAAGCUGGGUCCGAGCAUCCCACGGCUUUGGAGCCGCCCGGCCCGGACAUGGCGACCGUCCGGGCCUCUCUGCGAGGCGCGCUGCUCCUUCUGCUGGCCGUGGCGGGGGUCGCGGAGGUGGCAGGGGGCCUGGCUCCGGGCAGUGCGGGUGCAUUGUGUUGUAAUCAUUCAAAGGAUAACCAAAUGUGCCGUGAUGUAUGUGAACAGAUUUUCUCCUCAAAAAGUGAAUCCCGACUAAAACAUCUGUUGCAGCGAGCCCCAGAUUAUUGCCCAGAGACAAUGGUUGAAAUUUGGAGUUGUAUGAAUUCAUCUUUGCCAGGUGUGUUUAAGAAGUCUGAUGGCUGGGUUGGCUUAGGCUGCUGUGAACUGGCUAUUGCCUUGGAGUGUCGACAGGCAUGCAAGCAGGCAUCUUCAAAGAAUGAUAUUUCCAAAGUUUGCAGAAAAGAAUAUGAGAAUGCUCUUUUCAGUUGCAUUAGCAGAAAUGAAAUGGGCUCGGUUUGUUGCAGUUAUGCAGGUCAUCACACAAACUGCCGAGAAUACUGUCAAGCCAUUUUUCGAACAGACUCUUCUCCUGGUCCAUCUCAGAUCAAAGCAGUGGAAAAUUAUUGUGCCUCUAUUAGUCCACAAUUAAUACAUUGUGUGAACAAUUAUACUCAAUCUUAUCCAAUGAGGAACCCAACGGAUAGUUUAUAUUGCUGUGACAGAGCUGAAGACCAUGCUUGCCAAAAUGCCUGCAAGAGAAUCCUGAUGUCCAAGAAAACGGAAAUGGAGAUUGUUGAUGGUCUCAUCGAGGGUUGUAAGACCCAGCCCUUGCCUCAAGAUCCUCUUUGGCAAUGUUUUCUUGAAAGCUCACAAUCUGUUCACCCUGGAGUCACUGUACACCCUCCUCCCUCUACAGGCCUUGAUGGGGCUAAAUUGCAUUGUUGUUCUAAAGCAAACACUUCAACAUGUAGGGAACUCUGCACUAAACUUUACAGCAUGAGCUGGGGCAAUACACAGAGUUGGCAAGAGUUUGAUCGCUUUUGUGAAUAUAAUCCAGUAGAAGUGUCCAUGUUGACCUGUUUAGCGGAUGUCCGGGAACCUUGCCAGUUGGGCUGUAGAAACCUUACUUACUGUACUAAUUUUAACAACAGGCCAACAGAACUUUUCAGAAGUUGUAAUGCACAGUCAGAUCAAGGAGCCAUGAAUGACAUGAAGUUGUGGGAGAAAGGAAGCAUAAAGAUGCCAUUUAUCAAUAUACCUGUUCUUGAUAUUAAAAAGUGCCAGCCAGAGAUGUGGAAAGCAAUAGCUUGUUCACUGCAGAUUAAACCUUGUCAUAGUAAAUCUCGAGGAAGUAUUAUUUGCAAAUCAGAUUGUGUGGAGAUUCUUAAAAAAUGUGGAGACCAGAACAAAUUCCCUGAAGACCACACAGCUGAAAGUAUUUGUGAGCUUCUGUCACCUACAGAUGAUCUGAAGAAUUGUAUACCUUUGGAUACAUACCUCAGGCCAAGUACUUUAGGUAACAUUGUAGAAGAAGUGACUCAUCCCUGUAACCCAAAUCCUUGCCCUGCCAAUGAGCUCUGUGAAGUGAACCGAAAAGGAUGUCCAUCUGGAGAUCCCUGUCUUCCAUACUUUUGUGUUCAAGGUUGCAAACUGGGAGAAGCUUCUGAUUUCAUUGUCCGUCAAGGGACACUAAUUCAGGUGCCAUCAUCUGCAGGGGAAGUUGGUUGUUAUAAAAUCUGUUCAUGUGGACAGAGUGGACUCUUAGAAAACUGUAUGGAAAUGCACUGUAUAGACCUCCAGAAGUCUUGUAUUGUUGGAGGAAAAAGAAAAAGUCAUGGAACAUCCUUUAGUAUUGACUGCAAUGUCUGUUCUUGUUUUGCUGGCAAUUUGGUGUGUUCUACCCGCCUUUGCCUCAGUGAGCACAGUUCAGAAGAUGACCGUCGUACCUUCACAGGUCUGCCCUGUAACUGUGCAGAUCAGUUUGUUCCCGUAUGUGGGCAGAAUGGGCGCACUUACCCCAGUGCCUGCAUUGCUCGUUGUGUGGGCCUUCAAGACCAUCAGUUUGAGUUUGGAUCUUGCAUGUCAAAGGAUCCAUGUAAUCCUAAUCCCUGCCAGAAAAACCAAAGGUGCAUACCCAAACCACAGGUCUGCCUGACGACUUUUGAUAAAUUUGGAUGUAGCCAGUAUGAGUGUGUACCAAGACAGCUCGCGUGUGACCAGGUCCAAGAUCCUGUUUGUGACACAGACCACAUGGAGCACAACAAUCUCUGCACUUUAUACCAAAGAGGAAAAAGCCUCUCUUACAAAGGCCCCUGCCAGCCCUUUUGCAGAGCAACCGAGCCCGUAUGUGGGCACAAUGGUGAGACCUACAGCAGCGUGUGUGCUGCCUACUCGGAUCGCGUGGCGGUCGAUUACUAUGGGGACUGCCAGGCCGUUGGGGUCCUCUCAGAGCACAGCUCCGUUGCCGAGUGUGCUUCUGUCAAGUGUCCUUCACUCUUGGCAGCUGGAUGCAAACCCAUCAUCCCACCGGGUGCUUGUUGCCCAUUAUGUGCUGGGAUGUUAAGAGUUUUAUUUGACAAAGAAAAACUGGAUACUAUUGCUAAGGUAACAAAUAAAAAGCCAAUAACAGUUCUGGAAAUACUUCAGAAAAUCCGAAUGCACGUGUCUGUCCCACAGUGUGACGUGUUUGGAUACUUCAGCAUUGAAUCAGAAAUUGUGAUCCUGAUCAUUCCCGUCGAUCACUAUCCAAAAGCUCUGCAGAUUGAAGCCUGCAAUAAAGAAGCAGAGAAGAUUGAGUCCCUUAUCAACUCUGACAGCCCGACUUUGGCAUCCCAUGUCCCUCUCUCUGCCCUCAUCAUUUCCCAGGUACAGGUCUCCAGCAGUGUGCCAUCAGCCGGCAUCAGGGCCAGGCCUUCUUGCCACUCCUUCCUCCUUCCCCUCAGCUUGGGCCUUGCCUUGCACUUGCUCUGGACAUAUAACUGACUGCCCACGGAAAGUGCAGAAUGCUCCUCCACCUCACUCUCCUGCCUUAAGAAAGACAUGCAGGACUGCUGGUUUGUAGUUGAAUAGUGGCCAAGGAAAGGCACAUGUCACCUCUAUUCACCACACAGUAUUUUUUUUUUAAUCCGCCAAUAUUAGUAGGAUUUUUGUUUUGCUUUUACAAAUGUUAAAAUGUGUUGUUCCAAAUACUAAUGAAAAGAGAAUGUCUCUUCCUGGUAGACCACUGCGUAUGAUUUACAUUUCCUCACGAUACGGGUCCCCCACUCUAAAGCAAAUUUAUCGCUGGGAAAUGAGAUGACCACUUUUCAGAAAGAUAAUUCACUUUACUAUCAGGUUUACAAACUUCACUUCAGAGUUCUUUUUGAAGUAUUAAGGUUCCCGUUGCAUUUGUUUUGUUUACAGAUAAUUACCUACUCUGGCUAGAAGUUAGGGGUCCCAGUAAACAGCCACUGCCAUUAGAGAAUAUGAAAUAUAGAUAAAGCAUCUUUGAAAUUAUUAUGUAAAUUAUCAGGCAAAUUUGCAUUAAAUUACAGAAAUUUAAUUCAGAACCCCAACUACUGUGUUAUGCAAAAGCAAGCUGAUUAAAUGACACUCAUAUAGUUAUAUGUUGUAAGCGACAGGCUCACUGGUCAUGGAUUUGUGUCUAUGACUUUUGUGAAAGGGAGAAGUGACAUUGCAUCAAAGCAUCUUGCAUUAUGCAAUUUUUAUAUUAACCAGAUAUAUAUUCAUCGGUAUUCAUCCGAGUUAAAUGUAGAGUUUUUAAACAUCAAUCUUUAAACCAAUUGCUGCUACUUAUAUAAUUGCCAAAAAGUGAAAUAAUGAGUAGUUCAUGUAAAUAAUACAUUAUAUUUCUAUUUUAUUAUGAAGAAGGUGAAUAGCCAUAUUUGUAAAAUGACAAUCAUGUGUGUUAACCCAGUACUUUCCGUUCGUGAAAACACAUUUGCUUUUUGUGAUAUGCACAAUGUAGAUAAGUGUUCUGUUUGACUUUCUUUUUUGAUAUAGAAGUAUAAAGAAUUGUGGUUUAUAUAUUUAAAAGUGUCAAGCUGAGUAUUAAAAUGUCUGCAUGUUGUCUAAGAAAUUGAAUACUUUGAAUGUGUUUCACAGUUUGAAAUAAGCUAUUUGAUGUAAUACUUCUUGUGUGUAUGCACAUGAACUUAGAUUUUACAUGAAGUAUUUUUUCAGUAUUAUAUGUACCCUCUGAAAUACAUAGGGAUAUGCGUAUUAUACCAAAAUGUUGCUGAAAAAUGGGCACUUAAAGCUUUCAGAAUAUGUCAGUACUGAUGUAGCAUGCUUGUUGCAAUUGCCUUUUUUCUGUAUAAAUGUCUUUAAUGCAAUAUACUGGAAAGCUUUUCUAUUUUAAUAAAAAUAAUUUUUAUAUGAUCA